AUGAACGAACGAAUAAACUCUGCGGAAGAACUAGAAGUAUAUGAAGAGGUGGGAAGAGGCGGAUUUGGCGUAGUCUAUCGAGGGAUCGUUAAAAGCAAUGAGACAGAAGUUGCAAUUAAACAAAUAGACUUGGAGAACGAUCAAACAGAUCUUCUUGAAAUAAAUAAAGAAAUUCAGAUAAUUUCGGAUUGCAGGUUAUCUCAGAUCACAAAAUAUUAUGGAUGUUUUGUUAGGCAUUACAAGUUAUGGGUAAUAAUGGAAUAUGUGAACGGAGGUUCGCUCUUUGAUCUCUUAAAAUCAGGGGCUAUAAAUGACGAGAGGACCAUUCUGGGAAUAAUAAGGGAAGUUUUAGUAGCAUUAGAGUAUUUACAUACUCAGGGGAAGAUCCACAGAGAUUUAAAGUCUCAGAAUGUCUUGGUGAGCUCUCUAGGUGAAAUCAAAUUGACCGAUUUUGGUGUUUCAACUCAACUAGCAUCGAAUUUUUCGAGAAGAAAUACUACAGUAGGAACUCCCUAUUGGAUGGCACCCGAAGUCAUUCUUAAUAAUAAUGGUGGCCACAGCUACAAAGCCGACAUCUGGUCGCUAGGCUGUCUUGCCUAUGAGUUAUUCACAGGAAAACCGCCACUUCAGAACCAAUAUUCGCCGAUGCAGGCUUUGAGGCAGAUAUCAAAGUGCUAUACUGAUAACACAUUCAUUGAUAUCAUUGAUUUAGAGCAUCUCGGCCUUUCGUCUAACUUUUCUCAGUUUUUGAGGAAAUGUUUUAUUGUGGAUCCAUCUGAGAGAUAUUCUGCAACUAAAUUAUUGAAGCAAGCAUUCAUCACUAAAAGCAAUAAUAAGUCAGCGAAUAGUCAUAUUGCAAAGAGCUUGAAAAAACUCAUAACUAGAAAGAAGCUAUGGGAUCAAGAUCACCACGUACUGAAGCCCCAUAAUUGGUACAUCCCUACAGAAGCAUUUCAAAACCAAAAAUAUUGGCAAAAUGAAGACGUAGAUUCUGAGAAGACCAUUCACUUCGAUAUCAGUCUGCUUGAGUCUCCAGCACCUUCUAAGUAUCCAUUGAGCCCAACGUCCUCCAAGACAUCUUCAAACAGAGACACUUCGGAAUCUCCACUAGCUCUUCCCGACCAAAGACCUCCCCUUAGAUACAAUUCAAUUCUGAACCAUUCCUCAAAAGGAGAUGAUUUCAAACAAUAUGUCAAAACGGAUCUACGCCGAAUUUUGAAUAAAGUCUUCAACAAAAUUGAGAGCAAGAACAAUCUCAGUACUGAGCAAUAUGAUCUCCUCGUUACAAUGAACGACAUUGUUCUUAGCUUGGUUUCUAAUCUUCAAACGGAACAACAAGGUUCAACUCCGCAAGUUAAGUUGCUAGUUUGUCAGUACUUUAAAUACUUUUUAAAGGAAUUAUCUAAGCCUAACGUCUCCAAGUCAAGAAUAAGUCUUGCAAAAUUGAUUGUUCCAUCGUGUUACUCCGUGAACAAAACUAAAGACGAAACUGCAUUAAAUACAUUACGAACGAGAUAUCAGUCAGGCAUUGAUGAAAUUGAACAUAGUCUAUUUGAAUCAUGGAUAGACAAAAUGAAAGAAAAAUGGGAUAGGCCUUGA